UCUGAUGCUAAUCUUACUCUGGUGUUGCUUCUCUUUGUCAGAGGACCGACUUCCGUUUUCAUGUUUGGUCCAGGUUUCUCUUUAGUGAGACUUUCUCUUGCAUAUUGCUUUGUAAAGCAACUGUAGAUAUUUAGAAUUGGGAGAGGGAGCCAGAAAAAGCUCCUCAAUUUCGGCCUUUUUAGAGUUUGAAUCCGUCAUCCUGUUUUAUCCUUGAAAAACACGACUGUUUACCUAGCUAGCUGGCUAGCAUCAGCCAGCUGAGUUAAAUCACCUAGCAUGUUUCGGUUCUUGAAUGACGUUGAUGACGACCCCUAUAUGAUGGAUCCCUUUGCAGCUCACAGGCAGCAGAUGAGGGCUCUGUUUGGGCCAUUUGGCAUGGACUCGUUUGCGCUUGCCCCCCAGAUGCAGCCACAUCGUGUACCGCGUAGACCGGCUGGUCCACUUGCCCCUUUUGGCAUGAUGGGAAUGGGUGGAGGGUUCAUGGAUAUGUUUGGCAUGAUGGAAGAAAUGAUGGGAAACAUGGAAAGAAUCACCGGUACCCCAAACUGUCAGACGUUUUCCUCUUCAACAGUGAUCUCCUACUCCUCCUCAGACACAGGAGCUCCUAAGGUUUAUCAGCAGACUAGUGAGACAAGAACGGGCCCUGGAGGGAUCCGAGAGACGCGGCAGUCAAUGAGGGACAGCGAGAGCGGCUUUGAGCGCAUGGCUAUCGGCCACCACAUCGGAGAUCGCGCACACAUAAUGGAGCGUUCACGAAAUCGCCGCACUGGUGACCGUGAGGAACGUCAAGACUUCAUUAACCUCGAUGAGAGUGAAGCUGCAGCGUUUGAUGAGGAGUGGAGGUGUCAGGCAGGAAGGUACGUCCCCCCAAAUCACCGGUCGCUGGACUACAGCCGAGACCGACGUGCAGGAGGCCAGCAGCUUGCACUGACCGCCCCUCCCAGCUCAACACCACCUCCAGGACGGCAUGAGUCCCCUAGACACCGCCAGCCCCAGCCCCGCCCACGUUACGACUGGUGAGAAGCUGUAGAAAGACAGAAACUAUGGGGAGAGAGUGGGAGAAGACAUGCACCAACAGCGCUGAGACUGAGAAUCAAUCCUGCAACCAGUGCGUCCGAGGACUGUAGCUUCUGUAUGUGGGCGCCCGCUCCACCAACUAAGCUAAACUGGCACCAAGGAGAAUUUUUAACUGAAUAUCGAAAACAAAUAAUGUGCAACUUAAGUAUUUUUUUGUUUUGCCUUCCAUAAGAGCACAAGAUAUUUCAGAUUAAAAGACAAAAUAUUACAAGAAAGAAUGCAUGGAAAAGUAAUGGUGAAGUAAGGGCUAUUGAGAGAGGACUUAAUAUCAGCUGGCUCUCAGGGUGUUAGAUUUUCUUUUACUUGGAACUUCUAAUGUGUUUGAUUUGCUGUUUUUAUUGAUUUAUUAAUGUGUUUGAUUAUUUUUACCUAAACAAGAGAUAGAUGUUGGAUUUGGAUUUUCUUAAAUUUGUUGAUUGGUUUUACAAAACUGUGACAGACAUUUAUUCUGGUUUAAUUGUCUGAGUCUGAAACGUUAACAUUUUAUGACUUGGUGGAAUUCAGAAUCAGAAUCAGCUUUAUUGGCCAAGGAUGCUUACACAACAAGGAAUAUGUCUCUGGUUAGCUUUGCUCCCGAUGUACAAGAAUCAGACAUUAAAUAUUAAAUAAAGAAUUAUACAUACAGUAUACAUACAUGCUACAUAUUUUAACCAGUAAAUACAGGUCCGUGUGCAAUGAUGGUAUGGUUGUAAGGUGUGCAAAGGGUGUCAGAAUGAUGAAUAGACACCAUAAAAAAAAAGCAAUAAUAUGCCAUAGAUAUUUGGUAGGUAGGAUCAUUUAACGUAAUUAGUGCUAAUGUGAGAUGAGGCAUUUUAGCACAGCCAUUCUCACAGCAUUUAUGUAAAGCAGUGAGAAACAGAGCAGGAUGUUUUAUUUUGGCAUACAAUACCACUCAAGUAUUAUACAAAGCUGAGAAUAAUCUGAUGCAGGGAAAUACUCAGAAAAUGUUCUGUGAAAGAGAGGGUGGUUAUGAUUUAAGGGGGACUUCAAAUUUAAAGGCUCUUAGUGUGAAACAGUUAAACUGUGGAACAGACCGAGUGCUGAUAUGAAAUAAACUUGAAACAGCUGCCUAGAAAAGAUGAGGAUGAAUAAUUUUCACAUGGUGUUUAUCUGUUUGUGGAAUAAAAUGUUUACGGUAAAUAUGUAUGUACAGUAGGCAUGAAUGUUUGAAUGUAAAAGCACUUCCUGUAUAAGUAAUAUACUGUAGAUUCACUAGUUUGAACUGUUGACGAUAAAAUUCGACAAUCCUUUAAUUUCAGUGAGGAGGUAUCAAUGAAAUAUAAAUAGAAAUUAAAGUGGUCGGAUUAAACAAGUUUUUACUUCUUCCUACUCCUUUGUGCUCAUAUAAACUGAGAUGCUUCAGUAUUUGCAGAUGGAAGUUGCUGUUUUCUUUCUUGCUUUUCACUUCCUUUUUUUCUUUUUAAACUGUAUUUUAAGUUUUCAUUUACAUGUUCGAUAUGAAACUAUCGAUCAAUAUCGUCAACAAGCCUUAAAAACAGGAUAGGGAACACAUUUAUGACAUCACAGUGCUGGUUCUUCACUAAAAUGUGCACUUAGGGCUCAAGUAUUCUUUACAUUUACUGCCAUCUUACAGGUUUGUUGUAUCCGUCAUUGUUUGCAUAAAGUUUAUCUCACUUAUCAGUAAUGAUUUUGAAGCGUGUUGUAAUGAUGGUGUUUUAAAUAUGUGUUUUAAAACAGGGCGUCUGCAGUCUUAAAGUCUUAAAUGCAAGACUAUAAGGUCUUACACAUUAGAGUUUUUAUUUAAUUUUUUUAUAGCCUGUUCAUUGAAAGGGAUUGUAGGCUAGUUU